GGGGACCGGCCCGGGCCAGUCGCGCGACGAGCGCCGCGGACACCCGGGUGGCAGUCGGUGCGUCCGCCCUCCAGCGAAGUCCGCCACCUGCCGCGCGCGCCCGCGACCCGGCUCCGGCAUGGCGGACCAGGCGCCCUUCGACACGGACGUCCUCACCCUGACCCGCUUCGUCAUGGAGGAGGGCAGGAAGGCCCGCGGCACGGGCGAGAUGACCCAGCUGCUCAACUCGCUCUGCACGGCCGUGAAAGCCAUCUCCACCGCGGUGCGCAAGGCUGGCAUCGCGCACCUCUAUGGCAUUGCUGGUUCUACCAACGUGACGGGUGAUCAAGUUAAGAAGCUGGAUGUCCUCUCCAACGACCUGGUUAUGAACAUGUUAAAGUCAUCAUUUGCCACCUGUGUUCUUGUGUCAGAAGAAGAUAAACACGCCAUAAUAGUAGAACCUGAAAAAAGGGGUAAAUAUGUGGUCUGCUUUGAUCCCCUCGAUGGGUCUUCCAAUAUCGACUGCCUUGUGUCCAUUGGAACCAUUUUUGGUAUCUACAGAAAGAAGUCAACGGAUGAGCCUUCCGAGAAGGAUGCCCUGCAGCCAGGCCGGAACCUGGUGGCAGCCGGCUAUGCGCUCUACGGCAGCGCCACCAUGCUGGUCCUGGCCAUGGAGUGUGGGGUCAACUGCUUCAUGCUAGACCCGGCCAUCGGAGAAUUCAUUUUGGUGGACAGGGAUGUGAAGAUCAAAAAGAAAGGUAACAUCUACAGCCUUAACGAGGGCUAUGCCAAGGACUUUGACCCUGCCGUCACUGAGUAUGUCCAGAGGAAAAAGUUCCCCCCAGACAAUUCAGCCCCCUAUGGCGCCCGGUAUGUGGGCUCCAUGGUGGCUGAUGUUCACCGCACUCUGGUUUAUGGAGGAAUCUUUCUCUACCCCGCCAACAAGAAGAGCCCCAAAGGAAAGCUGAGACUACUCUAUGAAUGCAAUCCCAUGGCCUUUGUCAUGGAGAAGGCCGGGGGAAUGGCCACCACUGGGAAAGAAGCCUUACUGGACAUCGUGCCCACGGAGAUCCACCAGAGGGCGCCGGUCAUCUUGGGGUCUCCUGACGACGUCAUGGAGUUCCUGGAGAUUUAUCAGAAGCACUCUGCCAAGUGAAGAGCUGGCCUUGCCCACGCCCCAGAGAAUUACCUUUUGUCUGGACCUUUUAUCUUAGGCGUGGUUCUCUGCACUGACUGUGCAGCCUCCAUUCCUAGAUAGCAGAAAUAGAAAGCAUGGGUAUCUUUGCCAUUAAAUGCUGCAUAAUGCCUAGCACUGACCCUCCAAGAUGCUAUCUCGAAAGUGUCACUGGUGACCAAGAUCUAGUUUGAGAGGAUGGAGGAGAAAUAAACAGUUUCUUUCCUU